AUGGCUAAGAAAGGGAAAAAGCAGCAGCAGGAACCUUCCGGAGGCGCGCCGCCUAUAGUACCGGCGACACGCAUCUCCUGGCCGAAACUGAGAGGGCACCGCGACCUGACGCCGCACCUAAUCCGUGGCUGCGAAGUGUUCACUGUACCAGGAGCGCUGUCCCCAGAGGAAUGCGCGGAAUUUAUCGCGCAGGCGGAGCGCGUGGGGUUUCAGUGGCAGGGCAGCGGUGGUCCGGCUAAGGGCGAGGCGUACCGAGACAACCACCGGAUAUCUGUUGAGGAUAACGAGCUGGCUGCACACCUGUGGGACCGACUGGCCCCGGUGCUUCAGCCGCUGCAAGCUGGUAACCGCAAGGCGGUGCGUCUGAACCCCAACAUGCGCGUGUACCGCUACAGCCGGGGCCAGCAGUUCGGCGCGCACAUAGAUGAGAGCGUGACAGUAGCGGGGGGAGGACGGACAGAGUAUACACUCCUGGUGUAUCUGUCUGGUGCCCCUUCCACUUGGGAAGGGCGGGAGGAGUGGGAGGAGGGAGAGGGAUAUCGGGAGGAAGGGGAGGAGCAGGGGGAAGGUGGGGUUGGGGCGGAGGGAGACGGGGAGGGAAAGGGGGAGAGGGAUGGAGAGGGGGCGGUUGGGGAGGGAGCGAGGGAGGGAAAUGGAGGAGAGGGACGGUGGAGGAGAGAGAAGGGGGUGGCAGGAGGUAGAGGGAAGGGUGGAGUCGGGAAGCAGCAACACCAGCAUCAGGAGCAGCUGGUGGGAGGAGAGACAGUGUUUUAUGUAGGGGCGAGGUCACAAGAAAGCUUCGAGGUGAGUCCGGAGGUUGGGAUGGCGUUGCUACACAGGCAUGGGGCGAGAUGCUUGCUGCAUGAGGCCAUGGAGGUGAAGGCUGGAAUCAAGUACGUGCUGCGCUCAGAUGUGGUCUUCAAAUGA